UAUAAAACGUUCAACAUAGCUUUUCUGUAAGAAUUGUCAUUGAAAAAAAUGUAUAUCUAUAAUAGUUAUAAGUUUGUGUUUACAAAGAUUGUCUUCGUGCGUUCAUAGGAAAUUGAUUUAAACAGAAUGGGGAAGAAGAAGCAACAGAAAGAGUCAAAGACUGCUAAACAGAGUGAAGAUAAAGGGAAAAAGACUUAUUCCCUACAGUCUGUAAAAACAGAAAAUGGCUCAGCUAUUUUAUCAGAAUUACCAAAGGUCGCUAUUCCAUCAACAUUGGAGAAAGAUUUAUUAGAGCUCAUUCAGUCAUCAAAUCUACAAAGAACGUUAGAUAAGGAAGUAUCCAAGCGACUUACACAGAAAAAAUUGAUGGAUAUUUACACAAGUUUAAGUGGAGCAGGUUUUGCACAUAGACAGAUAGAACAAUCAAUGGAGAACACCAUACUGCAUGGAGGUGAUCUAAUAGACGCUCUUGACUGGCUUUGUCUUAACCUGCAAAAUGAUAAGCUUCCAGCCAACUUCUCUCAGACUUUGCAGAGUGAAGAAGAGAAGAAGCGCCCAAGGUUUGAUGUGGAGCUGCAGGUGGAGCCUCUACAAGCUGCUGCUGCUCCCCACGUCAAAGCAAAAGAUUCUAAAGCAGAAAAGCCACAGGAAGUGAAAGAAUCGCAGAAGGACUGGAUAUUACAGUAUGCUGAAGGUGGAUCUGAGGAGGAAGGCUUGAGUGAUGAGGACAUACAACCAGACACUAAUGAAAGAUACAUAGAGUUGACUGCUUUACUGCUUGAUGCCAAAGAAGAGGCUUCAGAAGAGAAAAAAGCAGGGAACAAGUCUAAAUUGAAAGAAAUCUCCAAACGAAUCCGAGAGAUGGUUGUAGAAAUGGGCUCACUGGAAAAACUCCCAGAUUUCAAUUCGGAACUCAAAUUAAAGGAUUCUGAUGAAGUUCAAGGUGAUAGUGCAACAGUCGCCCAAUCAUACUCUGGAUCAAGAUCACAUGACACAGCAGAAGUCCAAUCAGAAGAGGCAACACAAGGUAAAAAUAUUGACCAAUCAGAGGAAGGAGAAGAUUUAGGACUAUCAUUGUUCCAGAAUGCUGAACAGGAACCAGUUCCCAAAGAAAAAGUUGUUGAAAUUGUCAGUUCAGUACGUAAUUUUGAGUACACACGUCAGCAGUGGACAGGAAAAUCUCCAAAACAGUUCCUCAUAGACUGGUGCCGUAAACAUUUACAGAAAAGUCCACCGCCAAAGUUUCAAAAAAUCAGUCUGAGAGGAAGUUCCUUCAAAUGCAGAGUUUCAGUUGAAAGACAAAAAGAUGGUCGGCUUGAGCUUUGUCCAGAUAUUUUGUGUGGAAAUGUUAAAGAAGCUGAACAUUUGGCAGCAACACUGGCCCUUUAUCAUCUAUGCAAAGGUCAGUCUGUGUACCAGUUACUACCUCCUCCAUACAGAGAUGUUUGGUUAGAAUGGUUAGAUGCUGAGAAAAAGGCAGCCCAAGAUGAAAAAUCCAAAGAAAACAAGCCAAGAGAUCAAUUUUUGGCCAAGUUGAUGUCAAAGAUACAGUUAUCUGGUCCAAAAAGUGAAAGUUGUGAAGUGAAGGGAAAAAGUGAUGAUGGGGUUAUAGAUUCAUGGGAAGAUAUGGAAUUGCAAGAAGAACAGGCAGUGUCACAUGUUCCUCCAGACAGCAGUCGGUCAUCUGCAGGUAGAAAGCUACAGUCAACAACACACCUGAAAGAUUUGUAUCUAAACAAUCAGAGUUCUACACGGUACAUAGACCUGUUGAAGACUCGUGAACAGCUCCCUGUCUAUCAACAUAAAUCUUCCAUCAUAGAAAUCCUGCAGCAACAUAAUGUUGUACUUAUAGCUGGGGAAACAGGAAGUGGAAAGAGUACACAAAUUCCACAUUUUGUACUUCAGGAUUGUUUGAGGAAUGGUAGUGAGAAAUGUAACAUUGUGUGUACAGAACCAAGACGUAUAUCAGCCAUCAGUCUGGCAACCAGGGUCAGUCAGGAAAUGGGGGAACCAGAAUUAGGUAGUCGUGAAUCUCUGUGUGGAUACCAGAUUAGAUUUGAGUCCAAGUAUGGUGCAAACACAUGCCUCACGUACUGUACUACUGGAGUGUUACUGCGGAAACUACAGCUUGAUUCCAAGUUACAACAAAUCACACAUGUCAUUGUGGAUGAGGUACAUGAGCGAAGCGUACAGUCUGAUUUUUUGCUGAUUAUUCUUGGACAACUUCUCAAGCAAAGGUCAGACCUGAAGGUGAUCCUGAUGAGUGCAACAUUAGAUGCUGACAAGUUCUCGGCAUACUUCAAUCACUGCCCAAUCAUCAACAUUCCUGGCCGAACAUUUCCUGUUCAGGUUUUUCAUGUAGAGGAUGCAGUAGAGAUGACUGGUUAUGUAUUAGAUGAAGAUUCUCCAUAUUCACUGAAACAGUCACAACUUGUACAGGAGGAAAGUGCUACUAUAAAUAUAACAGAAAAGGGAGGUAAUCAGAGCCAGGUAGAUGUAUUCUGGACAGUGGAUGAUAUAUCCACCAUUGAUCAGACAAACCUGUCUGCAGACAAAUACAGUUUGAAGACUAGGAAUACAAUCACCAGAAUGAACAUGAAGAGAAUAAAUAUGGACCUCAUUGUGGAUAUAUUAGUGUAUCUGAACAAGAGUGAUCACUACUCACACCUAGAUGGAGCAGUAUUGAUAUUUCUUCCUGGUCUUGCUGACAUAACAGAGUUGUAUGAAACUUUGAACAGUGAUCGCAAAUUUGCAGAUCAUAAAAGAUAUAGAAUUAUAGCCCUACAUUCUGUGUUGUCCUCCUCUGACCAGGCCCAGGCCUUCACCAUCCCGCCAGCAGGUGUUCGUAAGAUUGUACUUGCCACAAACAUUGCGGAGACUGGUAUCACGAUUCCUGAUGUUGUGUUUGUUAUUGAUGCUGGAAAGGUCAAAGAAAAUAGGUAUAUAGAGACAAGCCAGAUGAAUGCUCUAGAGGAAGUGUUUAUCAGUAAAGCCAGUGCCAAACAAAGACAAGGAAGGGCUGGACGUGUGAGAGAUGGAAUCUGUUUUAGACUUUUCACCAAACAAACGUAUGACAGCAUGAAACCUUUCACCAUCCCAGAACUACUUAGGGUGCCCCUGGAAGAAUUAUGUUUACAUAUCAUGAAAUGUGACUAUGGUAAACCAGAAGAAUUCUUGUCUCAGGCACUGGACCCCCCUCAGUCCCAGGUAGUUAGCAGAGCAAUGUCCCUGUUGUAUAUGAUAGGGGCAUGUGUGGAAGGGGAGAAGUUAACCCCGCUGGGACACCAUUUGGCAGCACUACCAGUACAUGUUCGAAUAGGAAAGAUGUUACUGUAUGCAGCUGUGUUUGGUUGUCUGGAACCUGUGGCAGUUAUAGCAGCAUCAAUGACAGAUAAAUCACCAUUUGUUGUACCGUUGGGUAAACUUGAUGCUGUUAAUGCUGCCAAACAGUCUAUAGCCCUGGCUGCAUCUGACCAUCUCACUAUCUACAAGGCUUAUCAUGGAUGGAGACAUGCACGUUCCCACAGCAGACACGCUGAGGUCAGCUACUGUCAGAAAAACUUCCUGAAGAGGAAUACAAUGCUAGAAAUAGAGAAUGUGAAGUCUGACCUCAUGAAGUUAAUACAUUCAAUUGGAUUUUCCCUUCCACUGAAAGAUCCAAGUAUGGAUACAGAUUAUGGAAUAGAUGGAGUUUUACACAUUACCAAACAUAAAACACAUAGUGACCUUGAUCCCAAAACUAUAGCAAAGGUCAAGGCUGUAUUAACAGCUGGACUGUAUCCAAAUAUAGCCAAAGUGACAUAUGCAGCCCCUGUUGAUGCAGCUGUGAACCCGGACCAAAGGAUUUGUGUGACAGAAACACAGCAAGGUCCUGCUCAUGUACAUCCAUCUUCUGUUAACAGGAACUUACAAGCAAAUGGAUGGUUGGUAUUUCAUGAGAAGGUGAAGUCUUCAAAAAUAUAUCUAAGAGACACUACCCUUGUGUCUGCUUUCCCACUGCUUCUGUUUGGUGGAGAGAUCAAUGUUCAACAUACAGAGCAACUGUUAACUGUAGAUGACAGGAUCAAAUACAAAGCAUAUGCCAAAACUGGGGUCAUAUUUAAGGAGCUUAGAAAACUGCUUGAUGAUCUACUAGCUAGAAAACUGGAGGACCCUUCACUUGAUACGGAAAGUGAUAACCUAAUUAAACUGAUAGAGGAAUUGUUAGUGUCUGAGAGAAGCAGGUAGCAGAUUUCACAGAUAUGUACCGGAUGUCAUCUGCAACAAUACCUUUCAUAGAUGUCUUAUGUGUGGUUUUCCUGAUCAGUUUACUAGAAUGAGGAUUGGAAUGGAUUCUUAGAUUUAUGUGUUCAUAAUUUUUAUUGCAGUUUUAGAUGAUAAGUCCUUGUUGAUGGAUCUUGCUUGUGACUGAAUUCAGAUUUAGGUGUUCAAGUCUGAUGUUGUACUUCAUAGACAUAGUGUGGAGAGGCUAAUGGUUAUAAUAUUCUGAAGUGUCUAUAUUACAGCUUCUAGUCUGUCACAGAUGUUAGCACUGUGACAUGUGGUAGGUUGACUAGUAGUACCCUACUUGAUAGAAAUCAGUUUUGGGAUCUAUAGGUCUGUGUGUUGUCUGAUCGUCAGUCUAUUUCUUUCUUGUUAAGUCGAUAAAUUUUCGCUCCAUCGAGGGAUUUUGAUAUAACUGCACUCCCCAUAAUGAGAUAUGUUGCACACAAACACAGAACCAUAGCUCAAAGGUCAAGGUCACACUUUGAGGUCAAGGCUUAACAGUGUUUAUUUCGUGUUUGGUUCCAAACUGUGCCAUCCAUUAAGAGAUUUUGAAAGUAUUUCAUACAUGUGUUCCUCAUAAAUAGAUAACAUAUCAGGUGCAAGACCCAGCCCCCAAGCUCAAACGUGAAGAGUACACUUAGAGUAAAGUAUUUUAGGUCAUUUUUCUUGUCCAGACUUUUUUAUCCAUUAAUGGAUAUUCUAAUAGUUACUUGGCACAGCCAUUAACCCGAACAAGAUAAUUUUGUCACAUGCAAGAACUAGGCUCCUAGCUAUAAGGUCAAGGUCAAUCUUAGAGGUCACUUCUUCAACAGUUUUUGACAUUUUCAACCAAAGGUUUCAUUCAAGAACAAGUAUCUUCACCCAAUGCACUGUAAAGAUCAUAAGAAACAAAAUUCCAUGCCUAUAAGAGACUUUACAGAAUUACUUCCCUUAAAAAUAGAAAAUUUCAUUUAUUUAUAUUACCACAUUUAACUUAUUUUUAUUUUUCACAGUUUAAUUUAAUCAUAAUAUUCAGUGUGUUAUAGAACUUGUUCAGUUAGUAUUAAUUCAUGGAAAUAAGUAGGAAUAAAGAAUUGUUUACUAACCAUGCUGCCUGUUUUUGGUGAAUUCAUAUACUAAACUGAAUAUUGAAUGCUCGUAUAAAUACUCCUUUCAGUAAGAGCUGUAGCAGCAAUCCAGUUGUAACACUGUCUGACCAGGGGGUCAUGAGUCUGAGUCACUGCUCCUCAAACUAAAAUUUCUUACAUUUAGAAAAGAGUCCAGCAUAUGAAUGCUUACACCUGGCACCCUAAGAACCAAGGAAGCUCCUAGAAUUGAAGCAUCUUAUGUAUCUUGCACUAUCCUCCCACUAAAAUUUCUGACAGUCUUGUGUAGGAGUUGUCACUGGUGGUGACUAUAAACAAGUUUUUCCAGUACCAUACAAAGUAUGGAUUGUGUGUCACACUAGACUAGUUUUGUCUAAUAUUGUAGAUGGGGUUGAUAUUAUAUACCCAAUAGAAAUACCCAAAAUUUCUAUAGGAUUGAAAAUUAUUCAUAACUGCUUUCCCCUAACUAGUAGGGGACUUUGUAUUGCCUAGAGAAUUGUUUCCUUCACUUAUUUAAAAUACUCUGAAAUGAUAUAUAUUUGUAGGUAUAGAAUUUUGUGUUUCUGGUCAAAAUGUCUAUAUCCUUAGGGCAAGAAUAUGGGGAUUUCAAAUUUUAAAGAGGAAUUUAAUAAAUAUUGUUUUUUUUUUUCAUGGAUGUAACAAUGAAAUCCCCAAAAUUGUUCCCCAUGAAUAAUAGUGAUUUUACUUUUACUAUAUAAUUUAUAUAAAAAAAAUGGUCAAAAAGAUAUGUAGUGAGUAGGUGAAAAGAAGUUUAACCAAGAACAGCAUGAAGUGUAUAUAUACUUGAUUAAAUGUCGUGUGACCGACCCAUAAUAUUUUUAAAGCAUAUUUCAUAAGAAAAUAACUUGUAUUUUUUAGGAAACCAGACGAUCCAUUUUUUUGUGAUAUUUUUAAAUGUUUGUUGCUAUAUGAAUUAGAUUUUUUUAAGAAAAUUAGAUCAGUUUUUACUACAGCUUAUAUUGGUAUGUUACUCAUCUUUUGAGAUAUGUCUGUUCACAAUUCACUUGUUCAUUUAUAAGAGCAUGUCUGGGACAGUUUAUCUGGUGCAAUAAAUAGGGUUAUUAUAAUAGUAGCUUGAUCUGGGAUGCUGUAUUCGACUUAAGAGGACUUUGCCAGAUCGGCGCCGAGUGUGGUCAAACCUUGCCAAGUCCACAAGAGCUGAUUUACUGUUAUAAUGACCCUUUUAUUAUAUACCUCCACCUUUUUGUUUGUAGUUUGUUAUUGAACGAAAUCUUCAAUGUUUGUCGAUGUUAAGAUAGAACUUAGUGCAGUUUUUGUGUGCGCUAUUUAUAGAACUUUGUCGGGUUAAAGUAGUUGGGUAACAUACAAUACAAAAGGUACAAUACAGAAUUUUUUCUACCUGUUUGUAUUUUAAAUUUGUGUAGUAAAAGCUGUAUUUUUGACAGAAUUUAUAUAGGUGUAGAAUAAUAUAUUCUAUACUCUGUAAAAUUUGCUAAAACAAUAACAGUGUUUUUUCAUAUGAAUGACACAUGGCUUAUUUAUGACUGAAAUAUAUUUUGUAUUAUAUGUUCUUUAGCCACAAAAGCAUAAAGUGCUCAAAGUUAACUAUUUCUGUCACGUUAACAAUUUCUUUAAACAGCAUCUUCUCUGAAACUAUUAAAUUCUGCUUGGUUGCACCAGAUGUAAAACUGGAAAAGUCUUUAAACAAUAUUUACUAAAUCUCUGGUCCAUUUUGAAAUAAUUUACCACAAAAGUUCCUUAGGUAGCCUUCUACCAAAAGGCUACAUUGAAACUUAUGGUCUGUUGUAUGUUUUAGAAUUGUAUGUCGUUAUGUGUUACCUUCUUUAAAUACAGGUAUUGUUAUCAUUACAAUUUUUAGCUCACCUGUCACAAAGUGACAAGGUGAGCUUUUGUGAUCGCGCAGCGUCCGUCGUCCGUGCGUCCGUGCGUAAACUUUUUGCUUGUGACCACUCUAGAGGUCACAUUUUUCAUGGGAUCUUUAUGAAAGUUGGUCAGAAUGUUCACCUUGAUGAUAUCUAGGUCAAGUUCGAAACUGGGUCAUGUGCGGUCAAAAACUAGGUCAGUAGGUCUAAAAAUAGAAAAACCUUGUGACCUCUCUAGAGGCCAUAUUUUUCAAUGGAUCUUCAUGAAAAUUGGUCAGAAUGUUCAUCUUGAUGAUAUCUAGGUCAAGUUCGAAACUGGGUCAACUGUGGUCAAAAACUAGGUCAGUAGGUCAAAUAAUAGAAAAAGCUUGUGACCUCUCUAGAGGUCACAUUUUUCAUGGGAUCUUUAUGAAAAUUGGUCUGAAUGUUCACCUUGAUGAUAUCUAGGUCAAGUUCGAAACUGGGUCACGUCCGGUCCAAAACUAGGUCAGUAGGUCAAAUAAUAGAAAAACCUUGUGACCUCUGUAGAGGCCGUAUUUUUCAUGGGAUCUGCAUGAAAAUUGGUCAGAAUGUUCAUCUUUAUGAUAUCUAGGUCAAGCUUGAAACUGGGUCGACUGCGGUCAAAAACUAGGUCAGUAGGUCAAAUAAUAGAAAAUCCUUGUUACCUCUCUAGAGGUCAUAUUUUUCAUGGGAUCUGCAUGAAAAUUGGUCAGAAUGUUCAUCUUGAUGAUAUCUAGGUCAAGUUCGAAACUGGGUCACGUCCGGUCCAAAACUAGGUCACUAGGUCAAAUAAUAGAAAAACCUUGUGACCUCUGUAGAGGCCAUAUAUUUCAUGGGAUCUGCAUGAAAAUUGGUCAGAAUGUUCAUCUUGAUGAUAUAUAGGUCAAGUUCGAAACUGGGUCAACAGCGUUCCAAAACUAGGUCAGUAGGUCUAAAAAUAGAAAAUCCUUGUGACCUCCCUAGAGGCCAUAUUUUUCAAUGGAUCUUCAUGAAAAUUGGUGAGAAUGUUCACCUUGAUGAUAUCUAGGUCUGUUUUGAAACUGGGUCACGUGCGGUCAAAAACUAGGUCAGUAGGUCAAAUAAUAGAAAAAUCUUGUGACCUCUCUAGAGAUCAUAUUUUUCAUGGGAUAUGCAUGAAAAUUAAUCAGAAUGUUCAUCUUGAUGAUAUCUAAGUCAAGUUCGAAACUGGGUUACGUGCAAUCAAAAACUAGGUCAGUAGGUCAGAUAAUAGAAAAACCUUGUGACCUCUGUAGAGGCCAGAUUUUUCAUGGGAUCUGCAUGAAAAUUGGUCAGAAUGUUCAUCUUGAUAAUAUCUAGGUCAAGAUUGAAACUGGGUCACAUGUGGUCAAAAACUAGGUCAGUAGGUCAAAUAAUAGAAAAAACUUGUGACCUCUCUAGAGGCCAUAUUUUUCAUGGGAUCUGCAUGAAAGUUGGUCUGAAUGUUCAUCUUGAUGAUAUCUAGGUCAAGUUUGAAACUGGGUCAACUGCGGUCAAAAACUAGGUCACUAGGUCUAAACAUAGAAAAACCUUGUGACCGCUAUAGAGGCCAUAUUUUUCAAUGGAUCUUCAUGAAAAUUGAUGAGAAUGUUCACCUUGAUGAUAUCUAGGUCAAGUACAAAACUGGGUCACAUGCCUUCAAAAACUAGUUCAUUAUGUCAAAUAAUAGAAAAACCUUGUGACCUCUCUAGAGGCCAUAUUUUUCAAUGGAUCUUCAUGAAAAUUGGUCAGAAUUUUUAUCUUGAUGAUAUCUAGGUCAAGUUCAGAACUAGGUCACAUGAGCUCUAAAACUAGGUCACUAUGUCAAAUAAUAGAAAAAACGACGUCAUACUCAGUUCAUGUGGGGACAGGUGAGCGAUUCAGGACCAUCAUGGUCCUCUUGUUUUACUAUUAUUGUUACUAUGUUCCUUGGGUCACGCGUUACAAAAAUACUUUGUAUUCAGAUUAUGUUGAUUCUUCAAAAACAUGGUGUUUAGAAGAUGGUGUGUAAAACUUGGUAUUUUUAGCUCUUCUGAUCUGAAAAAAAAAUCUAUGAGGUAUUGUCGUCACUUGAUCGUCGGCAUUGGUUAAAUUCUUUGUUUAGGUCCGCCUAUUCUCAAAAACUAUCAGAGCUACAGCUUUGAAACUUUGCACACCUGUUUAUCAACAUUAAGGGACUAUGUAGGCCAAGAACCAUAACUCUGAUAUGCAUUUUGUUAGAAUUAUGACCCUUUUUGUACUUAGAAAAUCUGAACUAUAACUUUUUUCUUACAUAUUGUCCAGCACUUGCAGAUGAGCAUUGGCACCUUCAGGUGGUGCUCUUGUUAACAAUUUUGUUGUGAUAAACUUUUCACUUGAUUUUAAUGCUCCUUUUGUACUUAGAAAAUUUCAGUUUCUUGGUUAAAUUUUUUGUUUAGGUCACCUUUUUCUCAAAAACUACAAGAGCUACAGCUUUGAAACUUUGCAUACUUGUUUAUCAUUAUUAGGGGACUAUGUAGGCAAAGAACCAUAACUCUAACCUGCAUUUUGUCAGAAUUAUGACGCUUUUUGUACUUAGAAAAUCUGAAUUAUAACUCUUUUCUUACAUGUUGUCCAGCACUUGCAGAUGUAUAUAUAUAUAUAGAUUUAUACCCCAGGUAGUAUAAAGUCGCAGUUUCAUCAGUCUACCCGUCUUGUCAGGGCAUAUGAGAAGACAUUUGUUGGGAAGUGAAGACAAUAGGUAGCGUUAAAUUCUAUUAAUCCAGUACUGCUUAUUAGGUGCUUUCUGUUGAUUGUUUGGUACUUUAUAACAUAAGUAAUAUCCAACAAAUGUCUGUUUGUCCAUCUGUCCUUCAAUUCUUGUCUGGAGCAUUUCUCAGCAACCGCUCGCUUGAAUUCAGUGAAACUUCAUAGGAAGCUUCACUUCCAACAGAUGUCCAUAUUGUCUUCAUGUUCAAGCCGGAAGAUUUUUAUUCUUUAAGUUUUGCUUUUUUUUAAGAAUAUUUUCUCUUUAACUCUGUUUUAAAGUCUUAUGAUUUCAGAUGAGUUUAUCAUUCUUGAUAGCACUUAGUAAAACAAAUUUUGGAUGUUUACCUCAACUAUUAGCUAUGUUACUCUAUAGGGUGUUGCCACCAUCAUGACUGACAACAUCUUGGUUAAAGUUUUGCAUGCAAGGUCAUACUUCAGUAACCAUUGCAUGUACUGGAUUCAAACUUCACAUUUAAUCUGUAUCUAAAUAACAGUUUUGUACAUCAGAUUGAAACUUCAAAUUGAGCUUUCUACUUAUUAAACUUACUUGCCAAAUCAUCUUAGAGAACUCUUGUUUCAAAUGAAAUUCAAAUAUGGCCUUUAUUUGACAUAGAAGAUUUGGUUAGAAUAUUGAAUGGCAGUUAUAAUAAGAUAUAAAUUUGUAAUAUAUUAUACCUAACUAUGUUGAAAGUUAACCCUUGUUGGGUUUUGUUGAGUAGUCAGAUGUGCAGUGUUAGGGAUGGCUCUUACUGCUGUAGCUGUACAAAUGGACUUGAUUUGAAUUUUCGUAGGAGAUUUUAUUAUAUAGCAGAUGUACAUGUUUAGUUUGCUUAACUUUGCUAUGACACGUGCAAUUUUAAAUUCAUGUGACCAAAUAAUAGUAGUGUUGUUAAUGUCAAUGUUAACCGUGCGAUGUACCUUUCUGCCAAUAUACAUGUAUAAAGUUAUUUAUUUCAUUAAAAAAUAAAAUUUG